AUGAUGAGCGAUUCGGGGUACGUAUUGAGAGCCGGAGAACUCUCGGAAGAGGACUUCGACAAGAUUGUCACCAUCUUGCAAAACCCAUCCCAAUACAAGAUUCCAAACUGGUUCCUUAACAGACAAAAGGACAUCAAGGAUGGAAAGACCGGACAAUUGCUCUCAACCGCUGUUGACAACAAGCUCCGUGAAGACUUCGAGCGCAUGAAGAAGAUUCGCCUUCACCGUGGACUCAGACACUAUUGGGGACUUCUGCCGUAA